AUGGAUUAUUUAGAGCUACAAAAUAUACCAUCAACGAAAAAUGCUCUUACACAAACUAAAGAAAUAGGUAUACCACCUGUCAGCAAAAAUGUUCGAAUACAAACAGAAUUCACAUCAAUUGGAACUGAUAAUGAAACAAUACAAUAUCGAGGAAAAUCAAAAAGGAGAUCAGUCAACGUCAUUGGUGAUCCAUCAAGUCUUCUGAUGAAUGUAACAUAUCAAAACGUCGAUGACAAAGAUACACGUGGUCGAAAUUCAGAACUCUUACCAGAACUAUUAGAAGAAGAUGCAAAUAAUUUCAAUGAAGACUCUACUGACACUGAUCAACGGAGAGGAGAAUCUAAUGAAACAGGACAAAAACUAACAGAUACCAGUACUCCUGAUGAAACAGAACCCGUCAACAGAACCUAUAAUUGA